AUGAUCGAACCGAGUUCUUCUCGAUCAAUUCCCUUCAAAUCGAAGAAACGUCUGAUGGACUCUCCAUGUCCAAAAUCGAAACCCGGGAUCCCUAAUUCGCCUUCCGUAUCCGUGCCCACACCGGAGAGGCCGCUGGAGAAUAUCCACACUAGAUCCAGAAACCGAUCUGUGGCUCUAUCCGUGAAAGAGAUUCGCCAAGCCGCUGGAUCUCGUCGUAGAUCUGACGAUCCGGUGUCAUCCGCCAGGGGGCAACUCUUGUUUUCCGAUAACGAUUCCUUUUCUUCGGCCUCUAAACGAAUUAGCAAUACGAAGAAUGCUGAGAAGGACAAACUUCCGGAGAAAUACGAAAAUCUGGGGAAGUUCUUCGAUGCGUUAGACAGUUCGAUCCGAUUAUCGAAAUUGCGAGGUUCCAAGCCGACGUUUUUCAACAUCUCUGGAAAAAUCGAGGGUUUAACCGAAAGGAGGUUUUGCUACAAUCACUUGGCUCAACUAAAGCAUAUAUUGCCAGAGGCAAUCGAGAUCAAGAGAGUAUUGAUACAUGACGAAAGAACAAGCUGCAUGAAACCAGAUCUUCACAUUACACUCAACGCAGAUGCAGUUGAAGAUAGUGACAAAUCGAAAUCAGAGAGUAAGAAGAUCCCACUCCGGAAAGUGUUCAGGACAAGACUUGCAGAUUUUGUUAAAGCUCACCCUCAGGGUGAUGAAGUGCCAGAGGAACCACUUCCAGAGCUGUACAAUAGAAGGAAACCAAAUGAAGAGUCAAAGGAUGAGGUUAAGAGUGUUAGUUCUGUCAUGGAAGAGAUGGCUUCAAUCCCAGCUGCUACACUGAUUUCAUCGUUCAUGAAAGUCCCAUCAAUCCCAGUCAAAACAGCUUCGAGCCCUGUUAAACCAACUUCGUCACCACCUCUAGUCAAAACAGCUUCAACUCCUGCUAAACCAAGUUCUUCUGAGAUUAACAUUGCGUCAACUCCAGUCAAACCAGUAUCAAAUCUGGCUAAUGUACCUUCAACGCCGGCUAAAAUCGACUCAACACCAGUUAUUGUUGAUUCAACUCUAGCUAAUGUGCCUUCAACGCCGGCUAAACCUGAGUCACCACCAGUUGUUGUUGCUUCGACUCCACCUGAAUUUGCUUCAACUCCUGCCCGGCUGAUCAGUACGCCAUUGACAGCUCGUCCGCUUAAAAGAAGCAGUGGUUCUGUAAAUCCGGAUGAUGUUUCUACUGACCCACCGGCUAAGCUCGCAAGGCGUUCCUUGCUAAGCUCAUUGGACGUUACAUCUUUUACGGAGGAUGAGAAAGCUAUGGAUGUGAUAGAUGAUUAUGCCAUCGAUCAAGUGCCAGAGGAAGAUGCAUUUAGCGAUGAUGAAAUCCUCAGCAUACUUCCUGCUAAACUUCGACAAUCGAUUAAAGAACAAGAGAGAAAAGCAAUUGAGGAGCAGAAUCCAGCAAUCUCGGAGGCAAAGAGAAGGAGAAAGAUGAUUAAGUGCCUGCCUAAGCUUUUCAAUGUCAUCCACUACUUGAUUCAAUCUAUAAGGCGUUGGGUUAUCACAAAAGAAGAGCUUGUGCACAAGGUUAUCGCCGGUCAUUCUGAUAUUACGGACAAAAGAGAAGUUGAAGAACAACUUGUCUUAAUGCAAGAGCUGGUCCCUGAAUGGAUAUCUGAGAAAAGAUCAUCAAGUGGAGAUUUACUAAUAUGCUUCAACAAAUUGGCAUCUUCCCAAACAAUCCGGUCGAGUCUAGAAGAAGAAAACAAGAAAGCCAACGCCGCUCCACAGCUCUUAAGAUUUGAGGUCUCAUCGGCUGCGUUUCGGACUACUUAA